AUGUACUCAAACAAAAUCGAAGGACCACGUAGAGGAAGAUCUUUUGACUCCAUGAACAUCGGUUUUGAAGAAAAGCUUCUAAAUAAUGAGAUAAACAAAUCAACCUUCACCAAAAUCGAAGAAAACACUGAAAAGAAGAAUACAUCAGAGAAAGGGAGAGCAACUAUCAUCUUUUCCCUGAAGAAUGAAGUGGGGGGACUUGUAAAGGCACUCAAACUGUUCCAGGAAAACCACGUCAACCUCGUACAUAUUGAGUCCAGAAAAUCUAAAAGACGCAACUCUGAGUUUGAGAUAUUCGUGGACUGCGACAGCAACCACGAGCAACUGAAUGAGAUUAUCCAGCUGCUGAGGAAGCAUGUGAACGUGGUGGAUAUGGAGCCUCCAGAUAACUCCUGUCUACAAGAAGAAAUGUACAAUAUUCCCUGGUUCCCAACGAAAAUUUCAGACCUGGACAAGUGCGCCAACCGUGUCCUGAUGUACGGCUCCGAGCUGGAUGCCGAUCAUCCUGGUUUUAAGGACAACGUUUACCGGAAAAGGAGAAAGUACUUUGCAGAUCUCGCCAUGUCCUACAAACAUGGGGAUCCCAUUCCUCGUAUUGAGUUCACAGAGGAGGAAGUGAAGACCUGGGGUGUUGUGUACAGGGAGCUCAUCAAGUUGUACCCGACUCACGCGUGCCGGGAAUACCUGAAGAACCUGCCGCUGCUGUCCAAAUACUGUGAAUGUCGCGAGGACAACAUCCCUCAGCUGGAGGACGUCUCACGCUUCCUCAGGGAACGUACUGGAUUUACCAUCAGGCCUGUGGCAGGCUAUCUGUCCCCACGUGACUUCCUUGCUGGUUUGGCCUUCCGCGUUUUCCAUUGUACCCAGUAUGUGCGUCACAGCUCCGACCCCUUAUACACCCCAGAGCCGGACACAUGCCAUGAGCUGCUGGGUCACGUGCCUCUGCUCGCUGAGCCCAGCUUUGCCCAGUUCUCCCAGGAGAUUGGUCUCGCCUCACUUGGGGCCUCAGAUGAAUCUGUUCAGAAACUGGCUACAUGCUAUUUCUUCACAGUGGAGUUUGGCCUAUGCAAACAAGAAGGCAAGCUGAGAGCAUAUGGAGCAGGACUGCUGUCAUCUAUUAGUGAGCUUAAGCAUGCACUCUCUGGUAAUGCAAGGAUUAUGCCCUUUGACCCCAAAGUCACUUCCAAACAAGAAUGCAUCAUCACAACAUUUCAGGAUGUGUACUUUGUGUCAGACAGCUUCGAGGAGGCCAAAGUCAAGAUGAGGGAGUUCGCCAAGACCAUCAAGCGUCCCUUCACAGUCCGAUACAACCCUUACACCCAGAGUGUGGACGUGCUAAAAGACACGCCCAGCAUCAACAGCGUCGUGGAGGAGCUUCGACACGAGCUCGACAUCGUGGGCGACGCCCUCAUCCGGCUCAACAAGCAGCUGGGUGUCUGA